UUGUCACCAGGUGGAGGUCGCGCUUGACCCACCUUGUUAUUUACGGCCUCGCGCCGUCACCCCGGCGCUGAUAGGCAGAGCGCGCGCGCGCGACGCCGAGGAAGGCGACGGGAUGCGCAGUUUAUCAGCUGACAAGUGCAUAUCGGACAAAAGAGCAGCUGAGCGGCUGCCGAGGCGCCGCAUCCGCGUCCACGUCCACGAGUGACUUUCCCUUCCUUUUUUCCUCGCCUUCUCCACAGCGUCCUCUCUGCCGCUGGGCGACAGGAAACGUACGCCUGCGUCGCGUCCCGCGAGGGGACGGCUGCGUUGUUGGGAGCAGUGGCCGAGCCGAGCCGAGCCGAGCCGAGCCGAGGGGGAGGACCGGGGGACGCUCAAGAGCGGGGACGCGUUUCACACGGAACUGGCAGCCGAACGCUCGCGCUCGCGCUCGCCUCGCGCCUCGACGCCCAGGCAGCCCGCGUCCCGAACGACGCGAGGAGGAGCCGCGCAGCGUCCGACGACCUGAAAGCUUUCUGCGAAGAAUUGCGUGCGCGCCCAAUUGCACGCGAAGCGGCGCCGCGACGCGACGCACUCCGCCCGCCGCUGCCCGCAAGUUUGGACUAAAGCGCACCGCUGGAAGUUUCCGUGCCGCUGCCUCGGGCUCGCUCAAGCGUCAUGCAGGUGGAGUGGCUGGAAGUCUGAAAGGGCUGAACAAGUGACCAGAACUGGUGGAGAGGGGAAACCGGCGCAGGACAACAAACGCAACCAGCGGAGGAAGAAACCAGUGAAAUAAUCCAGUGGUGGGAGUCUCAGGAGAGCGCGGUGGUGAAGGGGAGGGAAUUGGAUCCCCAGCAUGCAGGCAGCAUGGAACGGGUGAGGGAGCAGCGGCCUUUCUGCUCGCUGUCCAAAAGCCAGAGGGACAGAGAGAGAGACCUGGACAGGGAGAGGGAUCGGGAGCGCCGCUACACCGCCUCCUCGGCCGACAGGGAGGAGGGAGCCUGCCGCGUGCCCACGCAGAAAUCCUACAGCUCCAGCGAGACGCUCCAGGCGUUUGAACAUGACUCUUCGCGAAUGCUGUUCGGAGGCAGAGUCAAGGAGAUGGUCCACAAGGAAAGUGCAGAGUACAGCAGGCCAGGGCAGACGUUUUCGCUGAGGCAACUGGGGAUAUGCGAGCCGUCGGUUCGCCGGGGCCUGGCGCUGUGCCCUGAGCCGGGCCUCUCCCACCCGCUCAGCAGCUACUCCCGAGGACCGGUGGCUACAGAAAACCAUGAGCCUGUAUCACCGGAACGUACCAUGACUCUAUGGGGAGCGGGGGCAAAGUCUGGCCAGAAUUCAUGCCUCUCAAGCCGCUCAAACUCGGCGCUCACGCUCACUGACACGGAAAUGGACAAUAAAUCGGACAAUGAGAUGGGUGAUCAUCUCUCCACUCAGCAGGGCCCGCCGCCUCUCCCGCCGGCGCCGCCUCCACACAAGCAGCAUCCAUCCAUCACGUCCCUCAGCCGCGGCUCACUGGCCAAUCAGAGGAGCCCGAGCCCCCCGCCCACAGGCGGCCUGGCGGCCGACUUGCAGAGCACGGCAGAAUGCGUCCAGCUGCAGGACAGCUGGGUCCUGGGCAGCAAUGUGGCCCUGGAGAGCAGGCACUUUCUGUUUAAAACGGGCACGGGCACGACGCCUUUCUUCGGCGCCGCAGCCCCGGGUUACACGAUGGCGACGGGGACGCUUUAUUCCACGCCGGCGCGCCCUCUGCCCCGAAACAGCCUGUCCAGAGGGGCCUUCAAGUUCAAGAAGUCGCCCAAGCACUGCUCGUGGAAGUGCACGGCGCUGAUCGCCGUGGGCAUCGCCGUGCUGCUGUCCAUCAUCCUGUGCUACUGCAUAGCAAUGCACCUUUUCGGCCUCAACUGGCAGCUCCAAGAGUUGGACGGCCAGCCGGCGUUCGAGAACGGAGGAGUGGGGAAGACGGGGCCCACACAGUCGAGCGUAGUGACGGCUCUCGCUGCCGACGGAAGGAGUAGUGUGCUCCAUCAGGAGAACAACUCCGUGGACACCGGCCAGGUGGACGUAGGGAAGCGGGCCGGGCAGAGCGUCCCCCCGGGGGUGUUCUGGCGCUCCCAGAUAACCAUGGAGCAGCCGCGCUUCCUCAAGUUCAACAUCUCGGUGCAGAAGAACGCGCUGAUCGGCGUGUACGGACGCAAGGGCCUGGCGCCGUCUCACACCCAGUACGACUUCGUGGAGCUGUUGGACGGCAGCCGGCUCAUUGCCAAAGAGCAUCGGACCCCCAGUGAACCGGAGAACAGGGCCCGUCUGGAGCACCCGGUCUCCGUCCACCAGGCCGGGUUCAUCCAGUACCUGGACUCGGGAGUGUGGCACCUGGCGUUCUACAACGACGGGCGCAACGUGGAGGCGGUGUCCUUCAACACCAUCAUCCAGGAGUCUGUCACCGAGUGCACACACAACUGCUACGGCAACGGGGAGUGUGUGGCGGGAUCGUGUCACUGCUUCCCAGGAUUCAUCGGGCCGUACUGCUCCCGAGCCGCCUGUCCGGUCCUGUGCAGCGGGAACGGCCAGUACACCAGGGGGCGCUGUCAGUGCUACAGCGGCUGGAAGGGCACCGAGUGCGACGUCCCCGUGUCCCAGUGCAUCGACCCCCAGUGCGGGGGGCACGGCCACUGCGUGGCGGGCAUCUGCGUGUGCGGCGCCGGCCACAAAGGGAUCAACUGUGAACAAGUGGACUGUGUGGACCCCACGUGCUCCGGUCACGGAGCCUGUCAUCACGGUGAGUGCCACUGUAACCCGGGCUGGGGAGGGAUCGGCUGCGAGCUGUUGAAGAGCACUUGUCCAGAGCAGUGCUCCAGUCACGGCACCUUCAACACCGCGUCGGGGACCUGCGUCUGCGAGGCCAACUGGACGGGAGCCGACUGCUCCAUAGAGGUGUGUGUCGUGGACUGCGGUCCCCACGGCUCGUGCAUCAGCGGCGCGUGUCACUGCGAGGAGGGCUGGACGGGGCCCGAAUGCGAGCAGAGGGACUGUCACCCGCGCUGCAUCGACCACGGCGUCUGUCGCGAGGGCAAGUGCGACUGCCACCAGGGCUGGACGGGCGAGCACUGCACCAUCGCCCUGGAUUCCAGAGUAUCAGGAGCAGUCAAGAUAGGAUAUAAAGACGGCUGCCCCGGGCUUUGCAACAACAACGGGAGGUGCAUCCUGGAUCAGAACGUGUGGCACUGCAUCUGCCAGUCAGGAUGGAGAGGGCUGGGGUGCGACGUGGCCACCGAGACGCUCUGCUCCGACGGCAAGGAUAACGAGGGAGAUGGGCUCGUGGACUGCAUGGACCCCGACUGCUGCUCUCAGGUGGCCUGCCAGGGUCAGACCUACUGUCGCGGCUCGCCCGACCCCUCGGCCGCCGCCACGCAGGGCCAGGGUUCAGCGCCGCAGCCCGCGUCCAGAGGCUUCUACGAGCGCGUCAGCUUCCUGAUUGGCCCCAGCGGCAGUCACGUGAUACCCUGGGAUAACCCCUUCAACAGCAGCCUGGCGUCAGUCAUCCGGGGUCAGGUCCUCACGGGAGACGGGACGCCGCUGAUUGGAGUCAACGUGUCUUUCCUGCACUACCCAGAUUACGGCUUCACCGUCACGCGGCAGGACGGCAUGUUCGACCUGCUGGCCAACGGCGGCGCCUCCCUGACGCUGCGCUACGAGCGCGCCCCGUUCCCCACGCUGCUCCGCACCGUGUGGCUGCCGUGGAACGUGUUCCACGUCAUGGACACGGUGGUGAUGAAGCGCGAGGAGAACGACAUCCCCAGCUGCUACCUGACCGGCCUGCUGCGGCCCAACCCCCUCAUCGUGGCCACGCCCCUCUCCACGCUGUACAAGACCUCCCCGGAGGACAGUCCCAUUAUCCCCGAAACCCAGGUCCUCCAUGAGCAAGUGGCCAUACCGGGCAGCGACCUCAACCUGGUCUACCUGAGCUCCAGGGCAGCUGGCUACAAGCCCAUCCUCAAGGUGCUGCUGACCCAGGACCGGCUCCCCUUUGGACUGAUGAAGGUCCACCUGAUGGUGGCCGUCAUGGGCCGUCAGUUCCAGAAGUCCUUCCCGGCCUUCCCUGACCUCUCCUACACCUUCAUCUGGGAUAAAACAGACGCCUACAACCAGAAGGUCUUUGGCCUGGCAGAGGCUGUGGUGUCGGUGGGAUAUGAAUAUGAGUCCUGCCUUGAUGUGGUGCUUUGGGAGAAGAGGACGGCGGUUCUUCAAGGCUACGAGCUGGACGCCUCCAACAUGGGAGGGUGGAUGUUGGACAAGCACCACGUCCUGGACGUCCAGAACGGCAUCCUGUACAAGGGCAGCGGCGAGAACCAGUUCAUCUCCCUGCAGCCGCCCGUGAUCUCCACCGUCAUGGGCAACGGCCGGCGCCGCAGCAUCUCGUGCCCCAGCUGCAACGGACAGGCCCAGGGCAACAAGCUGCUGGCGCCCGUGGCCCUGGCCUGGGGCAGCGACGGCAGCCUGUACGUGGGCGACUUCAACUACAUCCGCCGCAUCUACCCGUCUGGCAACGUGACCAGCAUAAUGGAGCUGAGAAAUAAAGACUUUAGACACAGUAACAACCCGGCACACCGGUACUACCUGGCCACCGACCCGGUGACUGGCCAGCUGUACGUGUCUGACACCAACUCCCGGAGGAUCUACCGACCAAAGACCCUGACUGGGACCAAGGAUCUGCAGGCCAACGCGGAGGUGGUGGCAGGAACCGGCGAGCACUGUCUGCCCUUUGAUGAGAACCACUGCGGCGACGGAGGCAAAGCUCCAGAGGCUUCGCUCACUGGACCCAAAGGCAUCGCCGUGGACAAGAACGGCCUGAUUUACUUUGUGGAUGGCACCACCAUCCGGAAGGUGGACCAGAACGGCAUCAUCGCCACGUUCCUGGGCUCCAAUGACCUGACAUCGGCCCGGCCCCUGACCUGUGACAGCAGCAUGGACAUCAAUCAGGUGAUUCUGGAGUGGCCCACGGACCUCGCCGUCAGCCCCAUGGACAACGCCCUCUACGUCCUGGACAACAACAUAGUGCUGCGCAUCACGGAGAACGGCCAAGUCAGCAUCGCGGCGGGCCGACCCCUUCACUGCCCGCUGGCCGGGCUGGAGCGCGGCGCCGCCGCCGGCAGCCAGAGGGCGCAGUUGACGCCUCUAGAAUCUGCCGUGUCCAUCGCCAUUUCGUACCACGGCUCCAUCUACAUCGCCGAGACAGAUGAGAGGAAGAUGAGUCGCAUCCGGAAGGUUUCUGCCGAUGGCGAGAUAACACAUUUGGCCGGCGCUCCCUCCGAUUGUGACUGCAAGAACGACGCCAACUGUGACUGUUACCAGACAGGGGACGGCUACGCCAAGGACGCCAGGCUCAACGCUCCAUCUUCUUUAGUGGCAGCUCCAGAUGGAACCCUGUACGUGGCGGACCUGGGCAACAUCCGCAUCCGGGCUAUCGCUAGAAACGGGCCAACUCUGGCCUCCAGCGCCGGCGCGUUCGAGGUGGCCUCCCCCGACUCCCAGGAGCUGUACGUGUUCGACAGCAACGGCACCCACCAGCACACGGCCAGCCUGCUCACCGGCGACUUGAAGUUCUCCUUCAGCUACAGCACAGAGAACGACAUCACAGCCGCCACCGACAGCAGCGGCAACACCUUGAGGAUCCGCCGCGACCCCAACCGCAUGCCGGUGCGGAUCGUCGCCCCCGACAACCAGGUGAUAUGGCUGACGAUGGGCACCAACGGCGGCCUGAAGACGCUGACGGCGCAGGGUCAGGAGCUGGUGCUUCUGACCUACCACGGCAACAACGGCCUGCUUGCUACAAAGACAUCAGAGAUUGGCUGGACGACCUUCUAUGACUACGACAGCGAAGGGCGGCUAAUGAAUGUCACGUUCCCCACUGGAAUGGUGAAUAACCUGUACACGGACAUCUACAGCGCCCUGACGGUGGACAUCGAGAGCUCCAUGACGGAGGAGGAGAUCAGCAUCACCACCAACACCUCCACCAUCCGUGCCUUCUACACGCUGGUUCAGGACCAGUGUAGAAGCAGCUACCAAGUGGGCUUCGACAACUCGCUGAGGAUCACCUAUGCCAACGGGAUGGACACCCACUACCAGACAGAGCCCCACAUCCUGGCGGGCGCUGCCAACCCAACGGUGGCCAGGCGCAACAUGAGUUUGCCAGGGGAGAGUGGGCAAAACUUGGUGGAAUGGCGCUUCCGCAAGGAGCAGGCCAGAGGGAAAGUUAUCGUGUUUGGACGCAAGCUUCGGGUAAAUGGACGGAACAUACUAUCUGUCGAUUAUGAUCGCACCCUGAGGACCGAGAAGAUUUACGACGACCACAGGAAGUUCCUCUUAAAGAUUAUAUACGACACGGCGGGCCACCCGGUGCUGUGGGCGCCGAGCAGCAAGCUGCUGCCAGUGAACGUGAGCCGCACCAGCAGCGGGCAGAUCAGCGCCCUGCAGAGGGGUCCCACCACCGAGCGGCUGGACUACGACGUCCAGGGCCGCCUGGUGUCCCGGGUGUUUGCAGACGGGAAGAUAUGGAGCUACACCUACCUGGAGCAGUCCAUGGUUCUGCUGCUCCACAGUCAGCGCCAGUACAUAUUUGAUUUCGACUCCCUGGACCGGCUUUCUGCCGUCACUAUGCCCAGCGUGGCCCGCUACACCAUGCAAACCAUACGUUCUGUGGGCUACUACAGGAACCUGUAUCACCCCCCCGAGAGCAACGCCUCCGUAGCCGUGGACUACAGCGAGGACGGCCUCCUGCUGAGAGUCGCUCACCUGGGGACGGGACGCCGGGUCCUGUACCGGUACCGGCGGCAGAACAAGCUGUCGGAGAUCCUGUACGACAGCACGCGGGUCAGUUUCACCUACGACGAGACGGCGGGCGUGCUGAAGACGGUGAACCUGCAGAACGAAGGCUUCAUCUGCUCCAUCCGCUACCGUCAGGUGGGGCCGCUGGUGGACCGGCAGAUUUUCCGCUUCAGCGAGGACGGCAUGGUCAACGCGCGCUUCGAUUACACCUACGACAGCAGCCUGCGAGUCACCAGCGUGCAGGGUGUCAUCAACGAAACGCCGCUCCCCAUCGAUUUAUACCAGUUUGAUGACAUCUCGGGAAAAGUUGAGCAGUUUGGAAAGUUUGGGGUCAUCUACUAUGAUAUAAACCAAAUAAUCUCCACGGCCGUCAUGACCUACACCAAGCAUUUUGAUGCACACGGUCGCAUCAAGGAGAUUCAGUAUGAAAUAUUUCGAUCGCUCAUGUACUGGAUCACUUUCCAGUACGAUGACGUGGGUCGGGUCACCAAGCGGGAGAUCAAGAUCGGCCCCUUUGCCAACACCACAAAGUACAGCUACGAGUACGACGUGGACGGCCAGCUCCAGACCGUCUACCUGAACGAGAAAGUGAUGUGGCGCUACACGUACGACCUGAACGGAAACCUGCACCUGCUGAACGCAGGGAGCAGCGCCAGGCUCCUCCCUCUGCGCUACGACCUGAGGGACCGCAUCACUCGACUCGGGGACAUCCAAUACCGGAUGGACGAGGACGGCUUCCUCCGCCAGAGGGGAGCCGAGAUCUUUGAGUACAACUCCAAAGGACUGUUGGUGCGGGUUUACAGCAAGAGCAGCGGCUGGACCUUACAGUACCGCUACGAUGGCCUGGGCCGCAGGGUUUCCACCAAGACCAGCCUGGGCCAGCACCUGCAGUACUUCUACGCAGACCUGAGCUAUCCAGCCAGAAUCACCCACUUAUACAACCACUCCAGCUCGGAAAUCACCUCCUUCUACUACGACCUCCAGGGCCACCUGUUCGCCAUGGAGAUCAGCAGCGGGGAGGAGUUCUACAUUGCUUGUGACAACACCGGCACGCCUCUGGCCGUCUUCACCAGCAACGGACUCCUGGUCAAGCAGCUGCAGUACACGGCGUACGGCGAGGUCUACUUCGACUCCAACCCAGACUUCCAGCUGGUGUUCGGCUUUCACGGAGGACUGUACGACCCGCUGACCAAACUGCUGCACUUUGGUGAGCAGGAUUAUGACAUAAUGUCUGGGAGGUGGACCGUCCCCGAUGUGUCCACGUGGAAACGCGUUGGCAAAGAGCCGGUGCCCUUCAACUUAUACAUGUUCAGAAACAACAACCCCAUCAGCAAAGUACACGAAGUCAGAGAGUACGUUGCAGAUGUGAACAGCUGGCUGGUGACCUUUGGGUUCCAUCUUCACAACACCAUUCCUGGGUUUCCCGUCCCCAAAUUUGACUUGAGCAUGCCAUCCUAUGAACUGAGGAAGAGCCAGCUGUGGGAUGAUCUGCCGUCUAUCUCUGGGGUCCAGCAGGAAGUAACUAGACAAGCACACUCUCUCUUGUCAUUCGAGCGGCUGCCACAGGUCCAUCUCAGCCGAGGUCGCAGGGGUGAAAAGUCCUGGCUGUGGUUCUCGGCGGCAAUGUCUCCCAUCGGACGAGCCGUUAUGUUCGCCAUCUACAAGGGCACGGUCCACACCCACUCGCUCAACGUCGCGAGUGAGGACUGCAUCAAGGUUGCAACCAUCCUCAACAAUGCUUUCUACCUGGAAGACCUGCACUUCACUAUAGAAGGACGCGACACGCACUACUUUGUGAAGCCGGGACUGCCGGACGCCGACCUGGCGGCGCUGCACCUCACCAGCGGUCACAAGACCCUGGAGAACGGCGUCAACGUGACCGUGUCCCAGUCCACCACCGUCAUGGACAGCCGGACUCGCCGCUUCGCGGAUGUGGAGGUCCGCGCCGGCGCCCUCGCUCUCCACAUCCGCUACGGCGCCACCGUGGACGAGGAGAAGGCGCGCGUGGUGGAGCUCGCCCGCCAGCGCGCCCUCGCCGGCGCGUGGGCGCGCGAGCAGCAGCGCGUGCGCGACGGCGAGGAGGGAGUGCGUCCGUGGACAGAGGGGGAGAAGAGGCAGCUUCUGAGCAGCGGGAAGGUUUUGGGCUACGACGGGUACUACGUCCUUUCCAUCGAGCAGUACCCAGAAUUAGCAGACAGCGCCAAUAAUAUCCACUUUCUUCGGCAAAGUGAAAUUGGGAAAAGGUAACAAUACGAGGUGCAUGUUCUGCCAAAGAGACUUUUUGGUAAAGGCAAACCCGCGGACAGAAGGACACGCAGCCAUAAUGGAGGGUUGCUGAUACAGUAUGUACCCUGAGUGUCCAUGUGUUUUUGUAAAAAAUAACAAAUGAGUUCCAUAAAAUACAACAAAAAAAUUGAAUUACAAGCGGUCGAAGCAAUGCUGUGCAUUGUGACAUUGGGACUACAGAGUAAAUGUAAAACUACACCAAGCCUUAACAUGGCAAUUACAGGUACGUUCCUCUGUAGCACAAGCCUUGUGGACUCUGAACAGAGGACUAGUGGUGUCUUUGAGGAAAUAGUGAGGUAAUUUAGGUGUUUUAUGUUCGUUUUCUGUUUUCAUCGAGAAAAGUCUGGCUCAACAACUAGUGUAAGAGCAAAGUAAAUGUUUACAUUAUGCAUAUCUACACUUCUCUAGAAGUACGGGGCUCGUGUUCACACGCCUGGAGCAAGCGGCGUCCUUGGCGGUUAUUUUUCCCUUCUUUAUUUUCUUUAAUCAGAGACUUCUGAUGUCAAAGAGAGAUCCUUACCAAACAACCACUACGUAUACCAGAUUUAGCACUGUAAACAUGAAAAAAAUGUUCAGACGUCUUAUUCUCUUUUAAAUGCUUUUAAACAGAAAAGAACAAUUUUGAUGUUUAAAAACCUGAUAUUGUGGGGAAAAAAAAGGACGGUCACAGUUACGAACUGUUGGGGGACAAGAGACACAGCCGUGUCCUGGACGGCACUGGGACACCAUGUUUUGUAAAUUAUGCAAGAGUUUUAUGGCGUUUUCUUUUUUUUUAAGAAACUGAAUAAAUGUCUGUAAUAGUCAUUAACAGUAAUUUAUGUUGUGUUUAUACAUAACAAAUAAAGUCCAGCUGACUUAGCUUUUUAAGUUCUGUUCCACCCUGAUGCGGCUGAUGUGGGGCUUCUUCACUAUGCUCUUUUUAAUCAACAGAAACCUGUGCAUGUAGUGACAAGUGGUAAUGUAUCUAUAACAUGCAGUCAACUAUUAUUUCCACUAAAUUUCAUGUUUAUCGGGCAUAAUGCCUUUUGACCCAGCUUUCUGUCCAAUUAAUAUUUCAUCAUCAAGAAUAUUUCAUGAACCCAGCUCACAUAAACACGGUUGCAGUUGAUCUAAACAUAGCUCACGUCCAUGUUUUUUGGUAGGUAUAUAUAUUUUUUGAUUGUUAAAUGCACUCAUGGAUUAAAAAUAAUACUGGGGUUA